ACUCAGACAGGAACAGCGGGACCCUGGCCUGCUUCACGGAAAUUAAGGGAAAGGGAGGAGUCGUCCCGCAGCAACUCGAUUUUACCUCUCCUCGAUAAGAUCGAAGCCAUUUCACCAUUUCAUCUGCUCCGCAGGUCAACCUCGCCGACUGAUACAGCGCAUUGACAUCCUUCCCUGACACUAUUGAAAGAGCAAGCCCCAGAGCUCCCAACAGCAAAUGGACAGAGUAAUAUGGAGAAAUAUGAGAAAGUCAUGAUAAUAGGGAGAGGUGCCAGUGCAGAGGUCUACUUAAUGAAUAAUUUGGAAACCAAAAAGCUGUACGCUGUCAAAAGAAUAAAGAUUGAUUCAUCACUGAAGACCAGAACCAAGGAAGCUGUAAUGCAGGAAGCAACCAUUUUGACCAGACUCAAGCACCCCCAUGUUGUCACUUGUCAUGAGUACUUCAUAGACCCAGGAGAAGAAUAUCUCUUCAUUGUCCAGGAUUAUUGUGAUGGAGGGACUUUGGAUGACUUGAUCCAGUCUAAAAAAGAUAAGGGAUCCUUUGCUGAGAAUGAUAUUAUGCAGUGGUUUGUUCAGUUAGUUAUGGCUAUUCAGUAUAUUCAUUCCCUGAAGAUUCUGCAUCGAGAUAUUAAAACAUCCAAUAUUUUUCUUACAAAGAAGGGUACAGUCAAGCUGGGUGAUUUUGGAAUUUCAAAAGUAAUGACCAACACUUUAGACAUGGCAAAUAGCUGCGUUGGCACACCCUGCUACCUAAGCCCUGAGCUCUGUCAAGACAUUCCCUAUAGCUCUAAGUCUGAUAUCUGGGCACUGGGUUGCCUUUUAUUUGAACUCUGUGCUUUGAAACCUGCCUUUCAUGCAAAGAACCUUUUAAGCUUGUUUUAUAAAAUUGUUAAGGGAGAGUACGACUGUGUACCCAAGAACUACUCUGAAAAUCUGCAUGAUCUGAUCAAAAAUCUUCUCUGCAAGUGCCCUGAAGAGAGACCUAGUGCUAGCACUAUCCUCAAAUCAUCUUUUGUCCAGGAACAUCUUGCACUGUUCAUUAGAGAUCAAGAAUCUCAGCUUACAAAAUAUAAUUCUAUGAGGUCUGCACAGUCAGGAAAGAGGGACAGUGAUGAGAUCACUGAUCACCACUGCCAGUCUUUGGAUCCUAUGGCAGAAGGCAUGUGUGUACCACAUUGUCAAAAUGUUGAAAAUGUAGAGGCAAUGUCCUUGGAGAUGUGCGAGAAUGUUGGACCUUCUGAUGAAGAUAAUUACUCUGAUGACUUUGAUCAGGAUAGCUUGUCCUCUUCAGGGGAGCAUGCAGAGGAUGAAAUGGCAGUACCAGCUUCAAGUGCUGGAAGCUCUGAAGUUGCAGAAGCCACUGAUGAGGUGGACUUUGCAGAGUACCCAGAUGAUUUUGAGGAGGAAGAUGAUGAUGUGGCAGAAAUAGUAUGUAACGCUCGCUCUGCUAUGGAAGUUGAAGCUAACAAUGAUUCAUUUCGAGAGGAAGGAGAUGGUCAAGGACAAACUGCUGUCAACUUGUCCAGUACCAUUAAAUCUCUGAAAGAGGAAUGUAUAGGUGAUGUUGGUCAGACACUUUUCCAUGAAAUUGCUUCUCAGUUUCUCAAAGGAUUGACUCCUAAUGACCUUCAACCCCAGUUUGAGCAUCGGUUGGGCCCAGAUCACUUGGAGACAUGCUACAUUAUCUUCAACAUGAAUCAAGAAGAUGCUUGAUUGAAUAUGUAGCUACAACUCAAAUGUUGCUGAUCUUUGUUUCUGCAAAACAAAAAAGCUAUUUAGAAUUAAUCUGUGCAAGUAUAUCUGACUGAUCAGACUCUACAGAUUGUUAUUUAGUUAUCUGUCACAAUUUUUUAUUUUAUGAGAUAUUAGUACUGUUCCUUGAGCAGAAGUACCCGAGGCUUACUCACUACCUUGUGUUUAAUUGAUUAUCAUGUGGCUAAUAAUGCUGUGAACUUUUCAUAUUUAAGAGAAAGACUUUACUUAAAUACUUUUCUGAUUCCUUACAUGUGCUUCCAAGUACUUUUCCAAAAGAUGGUUUGGUAUUUUAUUUUUAUUUAAAUGUACAUAUUUCUGUCCUAAAUCUUUGGCCACUGCACAAUGAUUUUGGCACAGUAGGAAACCUAAGAAUGUUUUGCUAAUUUUACUUUUUAUCUCUCAUUAGGAAAGUUACAGCUAAUCUAUCUCAGUUUUGAAGGCACACUUGAUCUGUAGCAUUGUAAGGCAAUGAAAACAGAAUAUUAGUUUCAUCUGAAAGACAACUAGAUGGUGAAGUGAGAAGCAGAUAGCGUAAUGUUCCAGAAAAGUUAGAUCAAAUGGCUUAAGGCUUCCUAUAUUCUAAUUUAUUUAAAUUAUAGACAGGGUAUUUUUUUUACUUGCACUCUAUUUUUAUAGGAAAAAUGUUGCUAGAUAUUUUCAUAUUCAUUACAUAAUAAAAUAUACUCUUUUCAAAGUGCAUAUGUUAGGGAAUGUUACCAAAAUAGGUUCCUGAUAUAUCUCAAGCAUUCCAUUUAGAAUAUCCUGAUGACAGCUUCAGAGUUAUCCCAUUUAAGUGAUUCAGGAAACAGAUUUCCAUCUUGUGUGUUUUCUUAAGAAUAGACAGGGAGAAGGUGAGAAGUGAAGGUGUGGAGAAGGAGGUGUGCCCUGAAAUUGGUAUUACUAGAGCAACUAAGAAGCAUGUUAUUUUCAAAUAAGAUUAAACAAAGGUAUUCCCACUACAGAGGCUUCUAGGCUGUAGACAUCACAAAAAUGAAGAAACAAUGCUAUAUUUGUGGAAUGUACAAACGUUUGUAAUUUAAUUAAGAAAUUCAGUUGAUGUUAUUACCACAUUCCUAAAGCCCUAUUCUUGUUUGCUGUAGAUGAUGAGGGUUUGAACAGUACUUCCAAAGCAGGCUUGUAACAGUGAUCUACAAAAUAAACCAUACACAAUUUAGUCACUACAGAGACGGAGAAAAGAAUGAAAAUCUGGGUAGUGGACAGGGCUCAAUUCAUGUUGUUUGUUUUGACUUGAAUAGAGUUGAGCUGUAUGCGUAUUAUUGGAGCUACACUCAUCUAGGCAAGUAGAGGGCAUUUUAUUGGAUUUCCAACUUGUAGAUGGAAGUGGUAGAUGGUGGACUGGCUUUGGGGUGUCUGGUAAGAUUCAUAUUUUGAUAUACAGCCUGUGACUUUGGUAGUCUUCACAUAAAUAAUAUACUGUAGCUGCAACAGUCAUAGGUUGCAUAUCUUAAGAUUAAACUUAUUUCUCAGGCUUUAUUGUUGAAGUCUUGUAGCAUGCAGAUGUGGACUGAUUCAUUUCCUGAGGAGUUGCAUAUAGAAUUGUACAUUGUGUAAUUGUCAACAACAAAAUGUGUUCCAUGAUCAAGAAUCAUGGAAACCAAAAUUUUCCUGCGCACAGUUUGAAGAUGUAUUGCUUCAUAUAAUAUAUUAUUCUACAUUGUAUCAUAUGGGAGAAUCAGAUGUAUAGUAUUCAGCCCCUGACCCUUUGUUCACAUAAAUGAGUAUUACAAUUAGGGAUUUUGAUCAACUUAACUGAGAAUUUUUAUUUGUGAAUCACAUGCUCUUCCUUCCCCCCCCCCCCCCCACAGUGGAGUUAAAAAAACAGGGAAAAUUGUAAAGGAUGAAAAACUGAAAAUUCUAAAACAAAAAAUGUCAGCCCCUUUUGAUCAGUACUUAGUUGAACCUCCUAUUGCACCUAAUGGCCUUUUUGGAUAAGUUUCUACUAGUUUUGCACAAUGUAGAGGUGCAAGAUUUACCCAUUCCUCCUUGCAAAAUUGUUCAUGCUGUGUCAGGUUAGUUGGGGAGUGGCAGUGGACAGCAGUCUUGAGGUUUUACCAGGGAUGUUCAAUUGGGUUAAGGACUGGACUCCAACUGGGCUCUCAAGGACAUCAAUUUUAUCCAUUUGAAGCCACACUAUGGUUGCUCAGGCAGUGUGCUUUGGGUUGUUGUCCUGCUGGUAGUUGAACUUCCUCCCCAGUUUAAACUUCUGGUAGAGGCUAACAGGUUUUGUUCUGCAUCUUUCUC